CCUUUGUUUAUUUAAUUCAUACUUAUACAAUGUAGAGGAAGAAAUUGUUAUUUUCCGUACGCUGGUACCAGUGUCGCCGUCAAAUCAAUGAGUUCUAUUAUUAAUGUUUUUACUGGUUUAUUCAGAAAUUGUAAAUAAACACAUAUUGUUUUUGUUUACCUUUUAAGACGAAGGAGAACCUUGGUCAUUAAGAUCAUAAUGGGGUCCCCAAGCAAUGGGAUCUACAUUCUGCAAGGGGAGAUCACACUAGUGGUGACGGCGAUGAGGCGCUCAUCUCGCUGGUCUGCCCAUUCUCAGAGAGACGAGGACGGAGACCCACUUCUGAGCAGUUUUGCGCAACUCAAAGAUGUGCUCAACAACAUCACUGAACUUGUGGAGAUUGAACCGAACACAUACCUGAGCCCAUUUCUGGAAGUGAUACGCUCAGAGGACACCACAGGCCCCAUCACUGGCCUGGCUCUCACCUCCAUCAACAAGUUUCUCUCAUACGGUCUUGUGGACCCUAAACGUGAUGUUGCUGCAGCAGCCAUUGAGAACAUUGCAGAUGCAGUGACUCACGCCCGGUUUGUGGGCACAGAUCCUGGCUCUGAUGAAGUCGUGCUCAUGAAGAUCCUACAUGUUUUGAGGACCCUUUUGCUGUGUCCAGCUGGUGUUCUGCUCACAAACGAGUCGGUGUGUGAAAUCAUGCAGUCUUGUUUCCGUAUCUGCUUUGAAAUGAGACUCAGUGAGCUACUGCGCCGUUCUGCCGAGCACACCUUGAUGGACAUGGUUCAGUUGCUCUUCACAAGGCUACCCCAGUUCAAGGAAGACCCCAAAUGGAAUGCUAACAUGAAAAAGUUGAAAAUGAGGACUGGUGGUGUGGAUCAGAGCCGUAUGAGCCGUCGCAAGAAGUCCCCGAAACUGAAGCAAAAGAAGCUCAAGCCCUCUAGCGGCCCUCACCAGUCUGUGGAUCAGACCUCCGUGGCAGGGACAGAGACUGAUGACCCCGGGGGAGUGGGCGGGGCGGGGGAGAGAGGACAGGCAUGUGGAGACCCCGCCUCAAGGGGAGGUCAGAGUGUGCCGUCUGUGGGAGGGGGUGCAGAUGAACCAACAGUACCAGGGAGGAGGGAGGGCGACACAGUGUCAGAAGGCCAUGACAGUGGUGUAGAAAUGAGAUCACGAGAGGUUGUGGAUCCGGGUGUAGCAUACGUGGAGGCAUCACGGGAAAGUAUAUGCACAACCCCUUUGGAAGGAACAACCAUUAUUGACAUCGUUAAAGGCUUUCAGGAUGCCUCUGAUAUGGAGUCAUACAAUAUCCAUCAAGAGGAUUCUAGUUUAAAAGUGGAGAGCCUGGAAGGAGAUGACAGUUUAAGAAGGAACAUCUCUUCAACUGACUUCAAAGAGCACAUCUCGCUGGCUAUCCCUGAGGAGGAAAGCCUGGUGAGGUCAGCCAGUGAGGUCAGUCUGCCCGUGUCCCAGUCAGACCACGGGGAAGAGGACCCACACAGUGUGACAGACUGCAGCGGACCCACUACGGACUCAAAUGAUGCCAGCAAUACUUUGAACGAUGAACGUGUUAAUCCGCGCGGCGUGAGAUUUAUACCACACCAGGGAAACCAUCCUGAGGACUCUGCGCCACUCGUUCCGUAUGGCCUCCCAUGCGUUCGGGAACUAUUCCGGUUCCUGGUAUCACUGACCAACCCCCUGGACCGCCACAACACGGACGUGAUGAUCCACAUGGGGCUGAGCCUGCUCACGGUGGCCCUGGAGUCAGGGGCAGACAACAUCAGCCAGUUUGCCUCCCUUAUCUACCUGGUCAAGGACGAUAUGUGCAGAUACUUGUUCAUGCUUGUGCAGUCUGAAAGGCUGUCCCUGUCUGCAGCUGCCGUGCGUGUGUGUUUCCUCCUGUUUGAAUCCCUGCGCUUUCAUUUGAAACUCCAGUUAGAGAUGUACCUUACAAGGCUGAGUGAGAUAAUCACAUCUGACCACCCCCGGAUCACAUACGAGGUGAGAGAGCUAGCCCUGGAGUCCAUGGUUCAGCUGUGGAGGAUACCUGGCCUGGUGACUGAGCUCUACCUCAACUAUGACUGUGACCUCUCUUGUACAAACCUGUUUGAGGAUCUGACAAAGCUGCUCUCUAAGAAUGCAUUCCCGGUGUCCGGCCUAUUCUCCACCCACCUGCUAUCACUGGACGCUCUAUUGACGGUUGUGGACAGCAUAGAACAGCACUGCCACUCCCGGAUCCUCAAAGCCACCGCCAAACCUUCAGACGAGGGGUCAGGAAUGAAGUCUGAAGGGUCAGAAGUCAUGGGGUCAGCUGAAGGUCAAAGUCACUCGGGGGUUAAAGAAGAUGGCCUUGUUGGACCUUCUACAAAUGGGUUUGCGAUGGGGACAAAAGUUAUACAGGGGAACGAAGCUUCUAUAGAUGUUGGUAAGACACUCAAAGAUGGAAGAAAAGUGCCGUAUAUCAAACCCAAUCGUAUGAAGGUCACAGCGGAGUUACCUGGACAUGAUGAGCUAACAGCACUCAAACAACGAAAACGGGUAUACAACACGGGCACAGAGUACUUUAACCAGAAGCCAGGCAAAGGUAUAAGCUAUCUACAGGAACAGGGUCUGCUAGCGGACCCUUUGGAGCCUGGAGAGGUCGUGACCUUUAUACGGGGCAACCCUAAGAUUGACAAGAAAGUGCUCGGGGAGUUCAUCACAAAACGAAGUAACUCGCAGCUGCUUGAGGCAUUUGUCAAGUCGUUCCACUUUGAAGACCUGCGUAUAGACGAGGCACUCAGACAGUAUUUGGAAGCCUUCAGACUUCCUGGGGAGGCCCCGGUCAUCUCCAUGGUGAUGGAACACUUUGCAGACCACUGGCAUAAAUCCAACGGUGAGCCCUUUGCCAAUGCAGAUGCAGCAUUUACACUUUCCUACGCCAUUAUCAUGCUGAAUGUAGACCAGCACAAUCACAAUGUGAAGAAACAGAAUAUACCCAUGACUUUUGAGCAAUUUAAAAGAAAUCUGUCCAAAACCAACGGUGGUGAGGAUUUUGAAAGUGAAAUGCUGUUGGAAAUCUAUAAUGCUAUUAAAACAGAGGAGAUUGUGAUGCCAUCAGAGCACACAGGGCUGGUGAGGGAAAAUUACCUGUGGAAGGUGAUGCUGAAGAGGGCUGGUACUCUGGACGGGGUGUUCCGCCACGCCCCCACGGGAGCCUUCGACCAUGACCUGUUCACACUGAUCUGGGGACCCACUGUCGCUGCUCUCUCAUUCGUGUUUGACAAAUCUUCCGAUGAAGCCAUUAUAGCCAAGGCUAUUUCUGGGUUCAGAAAGUGUGCCAUGAUAUCAGCUCACUAUGGAAUGAGUGACGUCUUUGAUAACUUAGUGAUCUCCCUUUGCAAGUUUACAACACUUCUGAGCACUGCAGAGGCCCCAGAGAACAUCCCGAUACAGUUUGGUAUGAACAACAAGGCCCAGCUUGCGGCGCGGACGGUGUUUACCCUGGCACAUCGUCAUGGCGACAUCCUGAGGGAGGGAUGGAAGAACAUUCUAGACUGCAUGCUACAGCUGUACCGUGCUAAACUGCUGCCAAAGAGCAUGAUUGAGGUGGAAGAUUUCAUCCACCCCUCUGGUAAGAUCUGCCUCGUAAAGGAAGAGAGCCAGGGGACCAAUCAGCGAUCAGAUACCGGGGUCCUCAGCAGUUUCUACUCGUACUUCACGAUGACGGAGUCUGCUACCAGCAAGGGACCCACUGCUGAGGAGGCUGAGGCAACUAAAGUUGCGACCAGGUGUAUACGGGAGUGCCAGCUGGAGCAGCUCAUUGUGGACAGCAAGUUCCUGAGAGAAGAGUCCUUGCACGAACUGAUCAAGGCACUGAUAUUCACGUCGCAGGGCCCUGAGGCUCAUGAUUCCAUGGGCACAAACUAUGAUGAGGACGCAGCUGUCUUUUUCUUUGAACAAUUCAUCACCUGUAUACUGCAAAACAGAGAUCGUGUCACGCCAGUUUGGGAUUCAGUAAAGGAGCACAUAUACAGUCUCAUAGUCAACGCUCCCCACCACACCUUCAUGGUAGAGAGGGCAGUUGUCGGUCUGCUAAGAAUUUCUAUACGUCUGUUACGACGCGAGGACAUUGCCCCUCUAGUGUUAUCCUCAGCACAGAUUCUGUUAAUGAUGAAACCCCAGGUGGUCCACAGUGUCAGUAUAUGUCAGCAGGUCGCCUACGGACUCCAUGAAAUGCUGAGGACUAAUGCGGCUAACAUCCACCAGUCCGUAGAUUGGUACCACCUGUUUACGCUUCUCGAAGUUGUGGGGGCGGGUGUUGAUCCCCCACCAGUGCUACAGGUCAACUCUGGGGUCAACCUUCCAGAGGGUCUGAGAGAUGCAGAGGCUCAGAGUGACAGCGAGGUGUCCUCCCGAAGUGGUGCGGUUACCGGGGGCGACAGGGACUACAACUCAGACAGUGAGUUUGAGAUCAGGAACCGGCCAUCUGCCUCGCACGGGGAGUUUGAGGUGCGGGCCAUACCAGAGAACGGCAGCUGGAUGCUGGUACACAAAGAUGAGCAGUACAAGCGGCUGCCACCAGUCAACCAGUACAGCAUCGAGCUCAAUGAGCCAAUCCAGUGCUGUGAUAUCCGCUCCAUGCUAAAAGCAUCUGAGACCCUGUCAUUCCUGGUGAGAGACGCCGCCCAUGUGACCCCACUCAACUUUGAGAGCUGUGUGCACGCCAUAAGGUCCUUCGCUGAGGCCUCGCUGAAUGGUGGUCACAGACGCAAGGUGUCAGUACCAAGGAAUCCCCGGGACCGCAAGUCCAAACACAAAACGAAGAAGGGUGGCGGGAACAUGAAGAAGUCCAGCUCCUCCCCAGGUCAUUUCCAUGGUAACCAGGGGUCAGACGAGGAAGACGAGGGGCAUGAGAUGGACGCAGAGAUGCAGACACUCUCCAUACAGCUGCUGGACCUGAUGCACACACUUCACACACGGGCCAGCAACAUCUUCAUGUCCUGGUCCGAAGAGAACAAGGGCACCAGGGAGCCUGGAGCCAGGGGUGAUGAUGGCUCAGAGUCCCUGUGGAUCAAAUGCUGGUGUCCUCUGCUCCAAGGUAUAGCUAGGCUGUGUUGUGACUCAAGAAAGCAGGUUAGAGGGCAGGCGUUGACCUACUUACAGAGGGCUCUGUUGGUGCAUGAUCUCCAAACACUGUCAGCCAUUGAGUGGGAGGCGUGCUUUAAUAAAAUCCUGUUCCCACUGCUGACCAAGCUACUGGAGAACAUCAACACUCAGGACCCCUCUGGUAUGGAGGAGACACGCAUGAGGGCAUCUACACUUCUCUGUAAGGUGUUCCUACAGCAUCUGACCCCUCUCCUGACCCUGAGCACAUUUACAGCCCUCUGGCUCACCAUUCUGGACUUCAUGGACAAGUACAUGCAUGCUGACAGGGGUGACCUGCUGGCUGAGGCCAUCCCAGAGUCCUUAAAGAACAUGUUGCUAGUGAUGGACACGGCGAAGAUAUUCCAGUCGUCUGGGGGAGAGGUGGACAGUCAACUGUGGCGGCUCACCUGGGACCGUAUCAGCACCUUCCUGCCACACCUGAAGGACGAACUCUUCAAGCCAGCUGAACCAGAGCCCAUUAAGCUGGCAAUGGAAAGGGAGGCAACUCCAACUCCUGAGGCUGAGUCAUCCCCUUUGAUAUCAGGGGCAACAACUGAGCAGUCUUCCACUCAGGCAACAGAUGGAAAUUCAGAACACCAGUGUGACCCCCCAUUGAGGCCAACAACCACUGUAACAUCACGUCCUAGCAGCCCAGACAACAGCUUCUUAGCAACGGAGACAGAACUUCCCAUAGCGGCCCCAUACUUCCUUCACACUCCAUUACCCAUACUUCCCAGCUCUGGAAUCAUCAUGACGACCCUUAAUGAGCAAACAAGCACCAGAAAUGCUGCUCAUGGGGUGGAUUCAACUCUUCGACGCAGCCCAAGUGAACCUGUGUUGGCACCCGCGGUACCUCUGUUGUUAAACCCAGACCUUAUGAAAGGUACAGGCAUACAUAUAGUGUCGCCACAGGUUCAUAUGGUCAGCCGAGCGCGAGACUCGAGUCCCGGACCUCCAGCGGGCGUUCUACAAGCCCCACCCACAGCCCACAGCACGCCAGAGAUGUCCCUGUGGCAAACUACCCAAUGAACCGAGUCCAUGAUAUAUGAAGGCUGGACUCCUAGAACUGGUAACAGAACGGUUAAUAGCAAAGGAGGAGAUGGACUCUUAGUGGAGAGUUUAUGGACUCUUAGUGGAGAGUUUAUGGACUCUUAAUAGAGAGUUUAUGGACUCUUAGUGGAGAGUUUAUGGACUCUUAAUGGAGAGUUUAUGGACUCUUAGUGGAGAGUUUAUGGACUCUUAAUGGAGAGUUUAUGGACUCUUAGUGGAGAGUUUAUGGACUCUUAAUGGAGAGUUUAUGGACUCUUAGUGGAGAGUUUAUGGACUCUUAGUGGAGAGUUUAUGGACUCUUAGUGGAGAGUUUAUGGACACUUACUGGAGAGUUUGUAUGAAAUGGAAUGAUGGAUUUCUUGUUUGAGAAAUUAUGAUGUCUAAUGAAGUGUUCUAGUGUUCAACUUAUGGAAAGAGAAAAGUAAAUACAAGUUUAUGAAGUGAUGGAUUGUUAUAAAACGAAAAUUUAUUGUCAAAUGGAGUGAUAGACUCUUAGUUGGAGAAAAGUUAAAAGCAUAUAGUGUUGGACUUCUUGAAAGAGAAAAGUAUUAACUUUAGUGGACUGAAUCCACACUAUGGUGUAAGUGAUGUGAAAGAAAACUUAUUAUUAUAGCGGACUACGUGCCAAGUCAGAAUAUAUGACAUGAUUGACCCGGAAAAAGACAUUUUAAACUGAUUCCACUAUUCAUGAAGUGAUGGGCUGUUAUUACGAGAAAACCCCCAUAGAUAACCGAGUAUAAUCCACAAAAGAUGACGUGGUAAGAGAAAAGAGUGAUUUACUUUUAGUAAGAUUUAGUAAGAUUGGAUAGGGACUGGAUUUCUUAAAUUUGUAUAAAAAAAGAUGACUAAAUAAGAGUGUUCUAUUAACCCAUUUAUGCCUAGUAGACUCUCCCAUCCUUUAUUUUGGAUCAAUUUAUUUCCAAAAUAAGGGAUGUCUAGUAUAUUUAUUUCUAUAUUUAGAAUAUUUCUUACAGAAAUUCCUUAAAACAAACAGCGCACACCCUGAUGAGACCCCGCAUCAUGCGGCGUCUCAUCUGGGUCUACGCUGUUUGCCAAGGUCUUUUUCUAGACGCUAGGCAUAAAUGGGUUAAUGACAUAAAGGAAAUAUGUACCCAGCAAAUUUGCAAAUGUAGAAGAAAUAUUUUAUUUUUAUUUUUUAAGCAAACCAUCCAGUAGACUCGUUUUCUAGAGUGUCACGGGUCUUUAAUAAUAAUGAAUUAAGUUAUUGUAUACACCUACAGGUAGAAAGCAUGUAUUCUGCCGCCUAAACGCUGAUUGACUGAUAAGAUUAUGGGGCAGAAAAGAUUUCAAGCUAGCAUCAUUUUAAAUUCAAAGAGAGGAUGUUGUCAAGUGUAGCAUGCGCAAUGAUGUAAAACUGUUUAUGUUUCAUGUUGGAAAAGUCUGGUUAGAUUGUUUGUAAUGCUUCACCAGUGUGAUAAUGUUAUAAACAAUGAAGGCGAGAAACUCGGGACAAAACCCCGAUCAUGUUUUGAAGCAACCCAUUUGUCUCACACGUCUUGUGCAAGCUCCUAAACAUAAGCAGCUGAUUAGUGUGUUAGGGCUUUGAUUGGUGGUUAGCUGAAUGCACAUUGCAGUAGGAUUAGAGCAUGCCAGCGCCUGUGAAAUAUAACCAUGAAUAUAAAAAUCAAGCGUUCCGGAACACUGAUUCGGAAGUUAAGUCACAGCAUCGCAGCUGCAAUAAAAUGCCAGGGGGAAAGCCUGCCUUCUGACCUUAAUAUAGCUUAAUUAAAGUACAAUUAUAAACAGAAAUAAGGGUAUCACAAUAUUACUUCUAACCAUUACCUGCAUGUUUCCAAAGUUUUCAUGUACAGCUUAGUAACGAACAAUAGCAUUAGCCAAGAUUCGAAAUACUCUUCUUAAAGAACUGACAAUUUUAAUUACGAAGAAACCGGACGUCUGUAAACAGGGUUUGACAGUAUGUUGAACAACUGUCUACAAAAGGAAAUCAUCAAAUGUCUUCACAAUAUUAAUAUAACUAACCUUUGACUGCUCCUAAUGCACUGGCAAAGUCUCGUAUGCGUCAAAUAUUAGGUUAUUGCUGACUACUGUUAUUGGUAAUGUCAAGACCUAGGUGGCUGAUCAUUAUAUAGAAUCAUGUUAAAUUGCCAGUUUGUUUUAAUGCUAUAGAUUUAUAAACAAUUAAAUUGUUGGAAACAGUGCAUAGAGCCGUUAAUUAAUACACAUAUAUGUUUUUUAUUGGUUGUCACUUACACCUUUAUUGUAUUCAUAAAUGAUGCAAAAAUACUAAUACCUGGUGUGCUAAAAAUCUUUAAGUUAAAAUUGAAACUCAAGUUUUGCUCUUAUGUGAAAUUUAAGAUGGGCAUUUGUAUGUUGAAUCCAAUGAUACUUGCUUUUUUAAACCCUACAGAAUGGAAAAAUACAAAUCAUUUAUGGCAAUAACUACUGGUUUCAUAUAUUUUCUUUAAAAACAAACCCAUGGACAUGUAAAACAGCAAGAAUUGUACAAAAUUUAAAUGUAAGAAUUUUACAAAUAUAGAUUUUUGUAUAGCUUUGUUACUCAUUAUUGCCUGUUCUUCUUAUUGAAUUAAUGAUAUGGUUAGGGAUGAUGGUCGGUUUUUUAUGUGGGAGAACCAAGCUGUUUUUAGCCUACUAAAUGUUGUUAUACCUGUACCUUGUUGUAAAGGUGUUUCGGUGAUUAUUUUUUCAUUAAGUGAUAUGAUUUGUUCUGUGCAAUACCUGAUAUUUUGUGGUGACAAUAUUGCAGAAUUCUGUUUGUAAAAAUAUAUGACUUGUACAUGUAUUGCUGUAUAUUUUUGGUUGAAUUUCAUUCUCAUGGUGAGAUAACUUGGUGCAGUUACUACUACAGCUGAGGAAUUAAGAACCGAAAUAAUGUUUGCAUUAUUUAUAUUUCUUGCAAUAAAGAAUAUAUAUUCCCAAACUGGUGUUUCCAACUCCUCUGUGACAGAGGGGGUAUUCAUGAGAUAGUCAAGAUGGUGAUGUUCUAGCCAAGAAGACAGAUUUUUUUUCGCCGUUUUAUAUCCUUUUAUACUUUUAUUAAUUGUUUAAAUGCCACUCACUUUCACGCCAUAUCAGCAAGAAAGUCAUAAGCAUUUAUCGGUAUUUCAUAUUAAUAUUCGCUCUAUAUCUCAAAUUUACUUAAUUUCUCAGCAAAAUCACAACAUUACAGUUCUCGCAAAAAAAAUUCAUAGCAAGUAAAGUAGAGAUAGAUCUAUAAAGCGAAAAAUAAUACCAAAUAGAGGCUAAUUUAUUUUUUUACUGAUAUGGCUGGAAAGUGAUCAGCAUUCAAAAAUUUAACACUGAUAAUAAAGGGUACAAAACCUAGAAAAACAUCUGUUUAGAUAUGGACGUCGCCAUCGUGACUAUCAUGUUAUUACCCCGUCUGUGUAACUGCUGGCAGGGCAGAUUUUGCUCCUACUGUAGCAACUGAAUAACUUCAAUCUGUAGAUGAAUGUUAAAAAAGUAAUAUUGGCAGAAAAAUAUUUUGUUUGCAUUAAAGCCCUUUGUCUUUUUGUCCACUGUAGGAAAUUACAUGCCUCGAAUGGGCAUCAGUGUUUGUGACACAUUUGUUAAUAGAUACAUUAAAAUGUGCUUGCUGUAUUAUGAACGUGUACUAUUAUAUUAUUUAUGUUGUUAGUCAUGAUAAAAUAGAUGUUUUAUUGUGUAAAGAAUUGUUUCAUUGAAUAUGUGAUGUUGUUAUUUGUAAUUCUGGAUCAUUAUGUUAUAAGAUAUAAAUGUAAUAAACUUUAAAAGAUUA